AAGCCAAUGCCUUGGUUCAAAGACCCCACUGCCGAUAACGGCAUGUAUGGCCAUUCCGUCUAGCUAUUAGACAGAUGACGGCGCCGUCUAGCGUUGGCAGCCUAGGAUCAGCUCCGUACUACUCCUCCACACACGUAACACACAGAGAAUAUACAGAUAUCUGCACCGACACACCCUACCCGUUCGUUGGAAGCCGACCAGCCCGCCUUGACGCCAUCUCGAUCGGCACCGGCCAAGUAAGACGUAUCCGAGAGCACGAGCUCUAGAAGCGGCAAUGAAUUUGAAUAUGAAAAUGGACGAAAUAAUGGAAAAGUAUCGCGAGCCGCGAAAUUUCGAAGAAGAAAGCCAGUUAGCUGCACUCCAGUUUGAUGUCUACCGCAGAAAAGGCGAUAAUCCUGCCUGGGAUACCGAGAAGGUCUAUUCCACCGCCCCUCUUUGGCUCAACGUACGCCUCCCCAUGGCGGGACCAAAUGCUCUUUUCGAUAACGUUGAGCCAGCAGAGGUAUUUUGGGUCAAAGGCGCGAAUAAUCAUGCAAACCUAAACAGGAAUUCCCACCUCAUGUAUCCCGCUUCGGAGAGAUUGUAUUCGGCUAGGGAAUACUUCGAAGAUGAAUUCUUUAGCUUUCAGAAGCCGUUGGGAUACGGAGGCCUUGGAUUGGCCCUUCACUUUAGAUACAUGGCGCAAUCGCGUACGCCUAAGGAUGUCGUGGUGAAACUGUCGUUGUCUGGCUGGUACUCGGACAGCAUCCUCAGAGAGGCAAAGGCGACGAGAAAAAUGUUCAGGGCGGCGCACUGCAUUCAGAUGAUACACCCGCAAGAUGUACGCCGAGCCGAACCGGAUGUGCGCCCGAUAAAGCCUCGUCCCGAUGACUCUUCCGAUGAGUCCAACUCGAGCGGAGACGAGAGUGUCAGCGAGCAGCAUAGGCCACUAGUGCGUGUGCCCAGAAGAUUCCAGGACACAUACACCAAGAAGUUGAAAGACUACCGGUAUCAGAAGCGUGUUGAACGGUGGAAGGCGAGGCAAAAUAGAGAUCUGAGCCAAGUGAAGGAUUACAUGCUGCUGGAAUAUGUCGAGGGUGGUAACCUGCAGAGGCUGAUCGGGAGGCUGAGGGCUAAGUCGAGACCUGAGGUGACCGACGGGGUCGUGGCCUUGCCCAAUAGAGUCCUUUGGGAGAUCUGGCUCUGCUUGGUACGAGCCUGCGUGGCGAUGAAAUACCCUCCUCGAAAGUUCCAUCCGGGCCGACCUAAACCGCCUCGUCCACCUAUGGGGGUAGGCGUUUCCGAAGCUGAGAUUAUGAGUUCGGAGACGCUCAGGAGAGACCCGGCCAACAUCAAGUAUCUCCUGGAUAUGUCCAUGUACCGGACAGCGCUCUCCUUUUACGAGUCCGCGCCGGCAGAUUUGAUCGAGGGUGUGCCCCCCGAAAACAAGAGGUGGCGAGCCAAGAACAUCGUGCAUUUCGACAUAGACCCGACCAACAUCUUUAUAGCCUCCUCGGAACCUAGGAGAGGCACGGGUGUAUCGGCACGAGAACAUCUUCUUGUCCCUAGGCUUAAGCUUGCGGACUUUGGAAUAGCAACAAAUAUCAAAACCCACAAACGCAACGAAUACUAUUACUACCAGCGCUGGACGGGCAAGUCUAACUUUCUCGCACCCGAGCAAUUCUGCGCAGAAUGGAACAAUGUCCAGCCGGUACGCGACGGGAUCGAUGUGGGGGAAGGCUUCAUGGCGGGGAACUACGGAUCGGCGACGAACAUAUGGGGCAUCGCACUGACGAUGUGGGUGAUCAUCACGCAGAUGAACCCGCCGCAACCGCCGCAGCCGCAGGUGCCGUAUGGCAUAGAUGUGCCGUCCACGUUGUAUGGCGUCGACGAUGCGGUAGACAAAGCGGCGCCGGGAGUGGCCGUAUCGUACUGCGCGCUGCUGCUAGACGAGGAUGGCGGCUUCGACCGCGUCGACCCGGAACUGCGCCGCGUCAUUUACGAGUGCAUGUACCACCGCCCUACCGACCGCCCCCGCGUCGAGGACCUCCUCGAGCAGGCCCUCCGCGGCGUCCAGAAGAGCUUCCCCGGCGAGGACGACGACACCAUCCGCGCCUGGGUUAACGAGUUCUUCUACGACGCCCCGACCGGCCCCGACGCCUAGUGCGCCACCCCACCGCCCCGACUAACAUGGCCUGAGAACCCCCACAGGAGUCGCGGGGUUGGAACUGCUGCCAUGUCCCUCUUUUGCUUCUGCUCCACCACCAGAAUAUCUCAUUCGGGUUAUUUUUGUCAUGGCUAUUUCCCCCGUUGGGCCAGAGUUAUUCUCUCAUCGGGCUUUGUGAGCCUUACUGCUGGCUUGGAAAGAGGGAGUUUUUUUUGUCUCAUCUGGAGUUGGCUUGUCGCCUUGGA